AUGUCGGCAGAUACUACUAGUAGUAACAGCGACCAGGUGUCCACGUUCUGCCUCUCCGAUCGCGAUCGCGAUCCUCGGACGCGGACGCGGCAGAACCUUGUUGACCCUUGCCAGGGCAAAUCCGCUGGACAGCUUUUAGCACGGAAAUGCCCAAAUCUGACAGCGCUCAACAUCGUCGUUCUGGAAGAGAUGCCCCGAGGCAAGAAAAGGAAGCGCGACGCAAACGACGCGUCAGGCAAUCAGAAUCUUGCCUCGUCCAAGCAUCAAACCCCUGUGAAGAAGGAUUUGCUGCUGCUGCACUAUCCCGUCGUAAGCACGCUAAGAGAGCAUGUGCUGUCCAGCCUUCCCGAUACCUCAAAGACUAGGCGGAAGAAGAUUGCGGCCUUGGGAUCCAGCAAAGAUGCCAGUGCCAUAGAGAACCAGCUUGCCCAUGUCCUUGACUCAGCCUUGGUCGGCACCAGUGCUUCAACUUCAACUAGUCCAGAAUCCGAACCAGAGAGAGCUACAUGGCAGCAGUGGCUGUCCUUCUCCCAGAAAGCAGAUGAAUCAAAUGUGACUAUAUCUAACGGAAUAGCUACAUCAAUUGCCAUCCAAUCCGAGAUUAUUGAUUUUGUCAUCUGGCUGCUGUUUGCAAGAGAGAGGGCUAGCUCAUGGCCGAAGAACAUCUUAUGUGAUGGCUACCGUAGAAAUCCCAGAGACGAUCAAUCUGCCAGGUCAACUAUCGCCGGGGUAUUCAGCCUCUAUCCCAACCUCCAUGUCACGGCCUUGAGAGAGGCUCCAUGGCCCCAGCUCUUGGCCCUCCUGGGUCAGGCCGGUGACAAAAUAAUGCUCAAACUGCUAUCGGAGUGCUCUGUAUUUCUCAAAGUUGAUGCAGGCCUCGACAACUACCUUCAAAUUACUGGUAUCCCCCUAUCCGAGCUGGAUACCAAUUCGCUGGACCAGAAGUUGAAGCCUCAGAUACGCAAACCCUCAGACAUUACCAUUGUCCGCAGUAGGAUAUUUUAUGCAAAGCCGGCUACAUCUUCAAAGGGCCUAGUUCAAGCAGGUUUCAAGCAUAUCCAUGCGUUAAAUCGCCAUCCCUAUUAUAGCGAGGCCUCUGGUGCUAAUGCGGAUAGCCAGAAGUCGAUAAAGAUUCGACAGCAAAACGAGGCACAUACGAUUAAAUUCAUGAUGUACAUUUUCCCCCGCCAAUUCGGCUUACACAACGUCUUCACUUCUGCCAUCGAUGCGAAUUACACAGCUCAAAAGUUUUACGACUAUACCCUUCGUGAAGAUGAAAUCAGUAAGAAAUUGAAAGCCAGUAAAGGCUUUCCCGAGAAGCCAUUGCCAAAAUUGCCCAAACGACUAAGGGGCUCUACCAGAGACCUCGUGCGGCGUUUACAGGUUCUUCAUGCCCGGUGUUCUUACUUUGAGCUUCUCAGACACUACUGUCCAACAUUCCUCGAUGGAUCUCAUGGAAGAAAAAAGCAGACUGGAACUUUGGCAUCACCAAUCAUCUCAGUUCCACUUCAAGAUCGAGCGACUCAGGCUACUGAAUCUCAAGCCAAACGGCGCCCACGCCGCCAUCCCGCGGAUACUUCGGCGCUCCCUGAGUAUAAAUCUCUUGUGGAGCUGGCAUGUCCCAUCGCCUUCGUGUCGGCCUUCUGCCAAGCUGCACUUGCAAAGAUUAUCCCAGACAACUUCUGGGGCAGUGAGAAGAACUGCCAUAACAAAAUUGUAUUUCUCCGCAAAGUGGACCAUUUUAUCAAACUCCGGCGGUUUGAAAUGAUAUCACUGCAUGAGAUUACGCAAGAUUUCAAGGUCACGGAGCUUGCUUGGCUGGUUCCUCCCGUCUGCGAAGGGCGAAAAACUAGCCCGACGGAUAUGAACAAACGAUAUGAAAUAUUUUACGAAUUUCUUUAUUAUGUUUUCGAUUCGCUUUUGAUACCCCUGAUUCGAAGCAAUUUCUACGUUACGGAAUCUAACACGCAUGGGUCCCAAGUCUUUUAUUUUCGCCAUGAUGUUUGGAGGUUGAUAGUAGAGCCAUCAAUGUUGAGCCUCAGAGAAGGAAUGUUUGAAGAAGUCAGUCUGAAUGAAGCGACGCGCAUUCUCGACUCCAGGAGGCUGGGCUUCAGUCAGUUAAGGCUACUACCCAAGGGCACCAAACUACGUCCCAUUAUGAAUCUCAAACGCAGGCAAAUGAAGGGCAGUAAGCAGUCCAGAUUGCUUGGUCCCAGCAUCAACUCCAUUCUUACACCUAUCCAUGCUGCAUUGAAGUUCGAGACGUUGAUGAAUCCCUCUAAGCUGGGGUCAACUCUUUUCGCUGUUGGAGACAUUUACGAGCGUCUUAAGUCGUUCAAGGAUUCUUUGCUGCCAAAUAGCCAACGCAGCUUCUAUUUUGCUAAAUUGGACGUCAAAGCUGCCUUUGACACAAUACCUCAGUCGUCGGUUCUGAACUUGAUGCGCUCAGUUCCCAGUCAGACUCAAUAUAUCAUAAAAAAGCACGCAGAGGUGAGACCGGGCGAGCGAUUGGGUCUCACAGAAGGGAACUCUACAUCCAAGCCCGUCCGCCGAUGGCACUCCACAGCCAUACCCCAGAGCGAGCCGACCUCUUUUCUCAACCAGCUGGAAAGCGGUAUGGGAAGCAAGAAGAAGAAUACCGUCUUUGUCGACAAUGCGGCUUUCCAGAAGCACGAAACAUGCAGCCUGUUGGCUCUGUUAUCCGAACAUGUCGGGCGCAACAUUGUCAAGAUUGGGAAAAAAUACUAUCGACAGAAGAAGGGCAUUCCUCAGGGCUCCAUUUUGUCAACGUUUUUGUGCAACUACUUUUACGCCGACCUAGAGGCUCAGCAUCUGGGUUUUCUGGAUGGGCCAGACUCCCUUCUGUUGAGGCUCACCGAUGAUUUCUUGCUCAUUACCUUGGACAGAGAGAAGGCUACUCGAUUCGUCGAGACCAUGCACCAGGGCUUUCCCGAGUAUGGCGUUGAAGUGGGCCACGACAAAACGCUCGUCAACUUUGACAUGCGCGUUGAAGGCGAGAGCGUGCGUAAACUUGACAGUGAUGGCAAGUUUCCCUAUUGUGGCACGUUUAUUGACUGCAAAACAUUGGAGAUUACGAAAGAUCGCCGUUCAAGCAAGGAUAAUGAUACAUCACGGUCCAUUACCGUUGACUUCGGGCGAUCCCCAGGCCAGAAUUUCCAGCGUAAAGUGCUCAACUCGUUCAAAUACCAGUCUCAUCUCAUGUAUUUCGACACGGAACACAACUCAGUCGAUACUGUUCUUGGCUCAUUGCGCGGCGCCUUCUCUGAGACUGCGCUCAAGAUGUGGGCUUAUCUGCGAUGUUUGUCUACGUCUACGCGACUAUCAGUGAAUCUAAUCAUCGGGACUAUUAAAAAGGUCGUGGAUAUCGCAUUCCUAAUCCUGACGAGUAAAUGGAGGAAGAAGCGGUUCGAGAAAUAUGCAUGCGAGAUUCGCAAGGCGCAGGUCAUUGCCACCGGGUAUUCUGCCUUUUUGGAAGUGUUGAGUCGACGACAGGCUGGGUAUGGCGAGGUGAUUGCAUGGUUGAAGGAGGAGACUGCUCGUCUUGCUACGACGAAAUGA